GGUACUUAGAGUGGAGUCUGUUACGGAUACAGAUGUAUCUAUCCCAUCCAUUUGACCACGCGCGAUUCAAGCUUCAUCAGGGAAAGCUAUUUCAGUAGUGGAACAUGGCUGCCACCAAAGCUGAGCACACGGCGACCCAAACAACCAGCUCCGCGGACAUUCUGCAUGAGUUCCAGAAUACCAUGGACGAGUUUGCCAAGGCGAGGUUGUCGGAAACAUUCACACCAAGUCCGCCCAUCAAGGAUGUGUCCCCGUCUUUGUCAACGUCAGGCCGUCGCCGACCGGGGGCUGCGCAUACUCCCCACCGUCUGUCCAUGGCCACCAUUGGCUGCCUCCCCGACAACGUCCAACAAGCCAUACAGAGCUUCUCAAUUCAAGACGGUCGACAGCACAUCACCAUAGCGUUUCCACACAUGGUAGAAGACUUGCGGCAGUGCUCCAAUGUUUCCUCCAAAUCCCCAUUUGGACAUGUGAUAUUCUUCCAUCAUGAGAAAUCCUUCAUCCAAGGAUUUGAUUCCUUUUCCACAUUCUAUAAAGACAACUGUUCCAGGUACCGUGUGUUACUGUUGACCCUUCUGGAGACCGGCAGCACUGUCGGCAUCACGCGACACUUCCAGUCUCUUCUCGGACUGCUGCUGGACACCAGGUCGCCACUGUCCAGUUGGAACAUGCCGGUUUGUGUUACUGACGUCACGGCGUCACAAUUGGAUGACGUCAUCAAAACAUGUGCACAAACUGUCCUGGAUAUCCAAAGUGAAAACCUUACAAAGACCUACCCCUCAGAAAGUAUAUCUGCGCUGUACAAAUACGUGAAGGAAAAUAUUAUAUCACCCAAGUUCUGCACCUACCGCGCCCACUUGGAGACGUCACUUUACAAUUCUCUGAAGAAGUGUUCCUACACGGAUCCCAACCAAGUGUUUCAGCUAAUGACGUACAUUCAGUCAAGGGAUUGUAGUGAAAAGGAAUUCCUACAAGUUCACGCUUUUAUGCAGUCAGCCAGUACAGAAGCGCCACUUCGGGACCUGUGGUUGUCACUGACAAGGACCAAUCUCAUCUACAAGUUGUUCCCAGCCUCGAGGGGUUCCCACACGUUCCCAGUCGUUCCCCACCUUGACAUGUCGGCUUUGCGGGAAUUUGCCUGCUUCCAUAACACAACACUCAAAGACGUUCUCCAGACUGUCUUCAGGGCACUGAAGUUCUGUGGAGAGACACCGUUUGACAAUACGGGGACCAAGAGCGACACAACACCAGUCCCCACAUCAUGGCGUACAGAUCACCAGGUGGACAGGGGCGUACUGAGUUCAGCCUCAAGAUACACCGUCACCCAAGGACAUCAUGUCUUGUCACCCUUCCUUUCGUUUUCUGGACUAAUUUGUCCAUGGGAACCUCACAAUAAAUUCUAGAACGUUG